AUGAUUUCCUAUAGCUCAGCUAUUGGCCAUCAACAGGGCAAAGCCGAUACUGACAAUAAUGGCCUUGCUCGCUACAUGCUCAAGAUUGAGACUCCUGCGGGCAUCAAGUCCGGCAAUGAGCCUGAUCUCAUUUACCUUGGAGCCCCAAAGGUCGUCUAUGGCAAAGUCAACCCGCCUCCUCCGGACUAUGAUACUUCCAAACCUAAGCUCAUAAUGGAUGACCUAGACUUGUUGAACAUAGACGGGGAAUACAAUGGACCUCAAACUGUGUAUACCACUGAGAUAAACAACACUAGUCUUCAAAUUGAGUAUGGAACAACUCUUGAUAGCCGCAUCGUGACUCAGCCUGAAGGCAAGGCACGAGAAUGGCGUAUCAAGAAGCAGACGGAUUGUCACGGCAACACGAUCCAAUACAACUACAUCCCUUCUCCACAGACCGAGAACACCAGAGAUGUCAACACAUCGUAUCUUGAUUCGAUCAAGUACUGUUCCAACGAUGUCACUGACUCUCCUGCGACGCGUUUUGUCCAGUUUCACUACGCUGAUCGCAAGGACUUGGUCACGCAUUCCAUUGCAGGAGCUAUCAUCACCCGGGCAAACCUCCUCAGCUCUAUCUCCAUCAGCAUCAAUAUCGGCGGAGAGAUUACGGUCAACGGGACCUACUCCCUCACCUACGGUCAGUCGGCAACGACUAACGAUUCGUACCUCUCGCAGGUAGCGGAGAGCUCAGAAAAAGACGGUCAGGCCGUUAGUCUUCUCCCUACCUCGUUUUCAUACACCGCGCAGGAUACUGCACCGGGAGAUCUCUUCAAGACGGUGCCAGCGGACCCCUUCCAAGCCGAGUCCAAUGCGCUCACUGAUGUUACUUGUAUGGUAUGGGACAUUGCCAACAAAGUAAUGACGGUCAAGACCUACACAGCAGAGAGAAAGCCUAACCCCGACGUGAAGCCUGAUGCCAUUACUGAUUGGACUCCAUCGGAGGAAAAUGUCCAGGUACCGAUGCCUAUGUGGGAUCCAACGAGCCCAGAUGCGAAGAUGCCUGAUUUCUUGGCGCCUGAUCUUCACGGUAACGGCCGCUCAGACUUGAUCAUACCGUAUCAGAACGCCAGGGGAAUGCUCGAGUUUUUCCUCUCACAAAGCAAUGGUGCUGGGCUGACUGCGGUUCAAGAAGUCAAGCAGACUAACUUUCCCUGGGUAGUAAAGUCCAAGUUCAUGGCCAUGGACAUAACUGGAACUGGCGUCGCUGACGUUGUCCAAAUCUUCCCCAAUGGCCAGAAUCUGUCCUUUCGCAACUUUCCAGGAGUUGCCAAUGAGAGUAAUUCUGGAAGCAUCGGACUGGCAGAUGUCAUCCAGACAGAUACCACCUACGGCUUCGAUAACACGAUCGAUUGGUUUCUCCUGAAACACUCGGGAACUGGAGCUGUCAGCCUUGUACGUGUGUGGCAAGAGGCCACGUCUUUCCGUUGCCUCGUAACAGGCGAUUCGUCCAAGGGUUUCAAAGCUACUGGGAUCGAUUCCAUGCUCGGAGGUCCCUUUCCCAAGAGAGAUGCCAACGCGCCUGUUUUGAGCAUCCUGUCCUGCGACAUAAAUGGAGAUGGUACUCAGGAUAUUGUCCUUGGAAAGGCCGAGUUCCAGGCACCAAACAUGGUCUUCAGAUAUGUGGUCUCGCUUGGUGACGGCAUGGGCAGUUUCGCCAAGUGUGGUGACGAGCUGACGCAAACAGUUGAAAACGCCAUGGAACCGAAGGGAGAUGGCAGGUUCUCCGUUACAAAUCUCAAUGGCGGGCUCUACCCAUCCCUGGCUUAUGUCUACCAACAGAGUAACGACAUCAGCUUUGUAUGCAUGUCGGUUGUUGGACGCUGCGGCGCCGCGGUUAGUCCCAUUGUCCCAUACCCAGUCACGCCAGAUCCCAAGACGGAGAAUACUCAAGUGAUUCCCGCGGAUCUGAGCAAGCUCAGUAUUGUCCCUGUCUACAACACAGGCCAGCCGACAGAUCUUCUGUCAUCGUCCAACGACUCAAUGGGCCUUGUCACUGCCUUUUCGUACGGUUGUCUCACAGACCCGGACGUUUACGAUUCUGGCGUUGACUGGAGAAACUAUCCACCUACCGAUCCUGGAAACUAUGUUGUCAAGGGCGCUCCCAAUUAUGUUGUCACGUCCCUCGAACACACCAACGACUCAGCCACAAACUCGUUGGCCUUCGAGGUCAAUAUGGCAAAGACGUAUCGUCAAGUUCUUGUAAACAGUCAAGGAAGAGGCUGGUUGGGCUUUGAGUCCAUCACGACUCACAACAUCGUUGAUGACAUUUGGACAACCGAGCACUACUUCCAGACUUCCCCAAAGAUCGGGCUCAAGUCUAAAGUUGACACGCUGAAUUCAGACCCUAAAACAGACUACGAUACUCCCUUGUCUCAGCAGAAUGGAUGUGAUAUCUAUCAUGUCAACAAGCUAUUCGACAAGCUCGAGACAGAAGGGGAACAGUGCCGGGUGCAGAUGACCCAAUUCACCUACGACGACAAUGGAAACGUCAUCACCAAAUAUGUUUCAGAACAUCAGCAAGGUCAGAUUAUCUUCCAGUCUUGGGAGAACUGUUCUUACACAUCUAUCCGAGGUAUUACGAGUCUCAUGACGGCUAUGAAGCUCUCCUCGGUUGAAACCAACCGGGACUUGACUGCGUUUCAACAAGGAGACGUGAACUUUACUCAGUACACAUACAACAGCAAUACUGCCCUUCUUGAAACCAUAUCAACCAUGGACCCUGCCGGCCUCACGACCACGACGACCUAUGAUUCCUACUUUAACAGUCUCCCAAUUCAACAGGUAGAAAAAGGUCGUGGCGUCAAUUCCAUCCAACUUCUUGCGUAUGAUAUGGCAAGUGGCGAGCUGCUGGCCAAACGUGAGACGAGUGGACGACUCACGUGUACUCGCGUCGAUGGCUUCGGCAGAAACAUCGAGGCACGCAUGCAAAGCAAGGAAUUCCUGCCCAAGCUCUUGUCUGACAAAUGUAUCCUGGAUCCAGUUCAGCAGUACAGCUACGACCUCUUCAAGAGCUCGGCAGGGAACUCGUAUUUGACCUCAUCGACCUUGUCUUCAACAGACAAGCAUGUCACUUGGAAGUGUUGGACAUAUGAUACUCGCGGCAAUCCCCUCUUCGAAAGCUUCAACCUCCAGUCAGCUCCAUGGGACAGCUUCGAGUAUCAGCCCGGGCCGUCAGAAGGCACAACUUCGGUAUUCGACAAGCUCGGUCGGGUCCUCAACAAGACUCGCCCAAGCCACAACGACUCGGCCAUUAAUUCCGUCUCAAGCCUGCAAUAUUCCAUUGGGGGCGGAACAGUCUUGGAGACUGUUACCGGACCAGAUCCAAACGCGAGCGCCACUAAUGUCGUACUUUGGUCUGCGCCUCGUACAUAUAUUUCCAUCAACGGAAAGGAGCAUAUUAUCUCAGCUGCGAAUCAGGGAGCCUUGACUUCAGAGUUCACGUACGAUGUUGCCGGCAAUCUGUUGUCUGCUUCCGAUCCUCAAGCAAAGAGGGAAACGAGGAAAUGCAACUCGCUUGGCCAGCUUCGGAUCCUUGACAACGUUUAUCAGAGAAUGCAAGACCCAGCUAAGCCACCGGAGCAGCUAGCGAUGACUUAUAUCUAUAAUGAGGCGAUUAUGUUCGAUAGGGACAGCAAAGGUCGUCCUAUCAGUAAGACUGGUUUUGAUGGCAGAGUGCUUAGGUAUCAGUACGAUGAUGCUGGCAAGGAGAGACUUUCCUCGAUGACGGUUUAUCCUUCAGGUGAAGCAAAGCAACUGGAGACCAAGCUUAGCUUUGAGUACGACGAACGGGCCCGACUGAGCUCUCGGGCUUUGACUCUCGCCGAUGGGGUUGAGUACGAAAUAGUCUUCGAGUACGAUUGGCAGGGACAGGUAAUGACCAAGUCUUAUCCCAAUGGUGCUACCAAACUGAACAAGUACAUCGGAUCUCUGCUUUCAUACAGCGAAGUCUACGCUGAGGGACCAGGAGGUCAGCGAGAGACAUGGCUCGACGGCACCUUUGAGUAUAAUAAUGCAACGGAAAAGCCCAACAAAACCACAUUUGGCAAGGCCGACGGACAGACCGAUUUUCAGCACACUUUCGAGUACAAUCUCCAGUCGUACACCCUCAGUCACAACCUUGACCAACUAGGGCAGUCUCCCUCAGACACUAAGCCCUUGGUUCAGAAGACGUAUAUCUACAAUGGAGCAGAUCAACUUGCCCAGAAUCUUGACGGCAUGUCCAACGUGGCCAAGAAGUACAACUAUGAAGGCGCUCCAGAUGGCAAGACUGUGAAGCGAGAGGUUCCCGGAAACGGAGGGUCUCUCUUGACAAUCAGCGACGACUAUAAUAUUCAGAUCAAGAAGGACGGCUCCGAGAUCAUCACGAUUAAACUGUUUGACAGUCCCAAGCAAGCCAGCACACAUGCCUCUGGAUAUUCUCCAUCCUCUGCCGCUUUAUUCACCGACGUCAAAGGAAACGUGACACACAGGUUCAAGAGCACUGAUGGAAGUCUGCUCAAAACCAUCACUUAUGACGACUUCGGAACACCCAGGAUCAAGAGAGUGCAGCCAAGCGAUACGAACUUCGACAAGACUUCAACAUACGAAAGCAAAAGUCUCGAUGAAGGCACAGAGCUUUAUGACUUUGGAUCCAGGUGGUACGACCCCAUUACUGGCCGCUUUACCACGCUUGAUGACAUUCUGGCAGUCAAGGACCUCGCCAGGACUGACGGACUCAACCGACUGGCAUUUGAGAACAACGACCCUAUAAAUCACGCUGAUCCUUCUGGGCAUUGGCCGUUAUCAGCUGUACUGGGCGUUGUCCUCGGAGCUGCCCUCGUCGUUGGCGCCAUUGCCCUCACAAUUGCCACAGGAAGAGCCGCGGCGCCACUUGCUGCUGCUGCUGCUGGAGCUCUGGCCAGUGGAGGUAUCGCUGGUGGAAAGUUCUGGGGCGGCUACGCAGCCACGGUGCUCGUCAACGCGGCCAUCGGAGGAGCCACCGGUGUUUUGGGAGCAGUGGCUACACCAGCCAACAUGGUGAGCGCAACUGAACGCCUUGGACAGGCAGUUGGUUUGGCAAUGGGCACUGCAACAGAGAAUCUCAUUGGUGCUGCUGCAACCGUCGGCAGCAAGGCCUUGAUCAGCGCGACAUCGUCGUUGUUGACAACCGUGGCACAUAAUGCGAUUGAGAACAAGUUCUAUGGCACCCACUACAGUUUGUUUGAAGGAGCAGGCACGGCAUUUGGCUCUGGCGCCGCGAUGGGCGCUCUCGGAGGUCUUGUCUCGGCCGGCUCGCAUUUGGUCAAAGGAGGAGAAUCGGCCGUGGCGCAGACUUCGGCUCAAAGGUUGAAGAAGGGAUUAACAGGUGGAUUACUAAUAGGAGUACGCGCGGGCUUCGCUGUUGCCAAGAGAUGGAGAUGGCCAAUCUGUAUCGGGAGCAGGAGAGGAAUUUCAAGGGCUUAUUGA